AUGGCCGAAAAGAAGUGGCCCAGCUCCUGGGACGUCGUGAUUGUCGGUGCUGGUAUGUCCGGUAUCAACGCAGCCCAUCACAUACAGAAGAGAUUGCCUCAUUUUCGAGUUACCAUCCUUGAGGAGCGCAGCAGAAUCGGCGGCACCUGGGAUUUCUUCAAGUACCCUGGGCUACGCUCUGAUACGGAUCUACACUCGUUUGGCUUUGGAUGGAGGCCAUGGAAAGAGAACCGAGCCAUUGCUGACGGUCCUUCCAUUGUGCGGUACCUGGAAGAUGCCGUUAAAGAGGAUGGCACAUACCACCAGAUGCAAUUCGAGACCCACGUUGUCUCCGCCAGCUGGUCGACCAAGUCUCAGUCAUGGCACAUUGCUGCCGAGAAGAGCGGUGUCAGCGUCAACCUUGAUGCCAGAUUUAUGAUCCUGGCCACCGGAUACUACGACUAUAAGGAGGCGCUUCGUCCCAAUAUUGCCGGUCUGGACAAUCCUCAGUUCAAGGGACAGGUCAUCCACCCCCAGUUCUGGCCCGAAGGCCUCGACUACGACGGCAAGGAUGUCGUUAUCAUCGGCAGCGGCGCGACAGCGGUUACGAUCCUACCAUCCAUGGCGGAGCGUGUCAACUCGGUGACAAUGCUUCAACGCAGUCCGGCUUACAUUAUGUCCAUCAACAACAAGACGGGCGGCUCAUGGCUACACAAGAUCCUGCCCCAGAGUUGGUCUUUCAAAUUGGACCGACUUUUCUUCAUAUGUUUCACGGCGUGCGUCUUCUACUUUUGCCGUCUAUUCCCUGUCAGAUCCCGUGCCAUGCUCGAGGGUGCGGUGGCCAAGCAACUGCCUAGUCAUGUGUCUGUUGAUCCGCACUUCCAUCCACGGUACCAGCCGUGGGAUCAGCGCGUGUGCAUGGCGCCAGAUGGGGAUUUCUUCAAGUCACUGCACUCUGGCAAGGCCGCCGUGGAGACGGGUGUCGUCAAGGCAACAACCGAGGACUCUCUCAUUCUCGACUCCGGGAAAACACUCAAGGCGGACAUUGUCAUAACUGCUACAGGUCUAAAGCUUAGGAUCGGAGGACAUAUCAACUUCUCUGUCGAUGGUAAGCCCAUCAACCUUGCUGAACGGCACGCGUGGCGCUCGGCUUUGCUGCAAGACAUCCCGAACCUCGCGUUCAUGCUGGGUUACGUCAACGCCUCGUGGACACUUGGGAGUGAGGUUACGUCUGAGUAUAUCUGCCGCAUUCUUCAGCGUAUGGAACGCAGUGGGAAGACGAGUGUGGUACCGCGGAAGCAGAAGCAGCAGGGCGUCGCUCUCAACCCCCAGCCCAUCUGGAAUCUCGCUGCAACGUACGUCAAGGAAUCCCAGAGGGAAAUGCCAGUCUGUGGCCAUGUGGGACCGUGGAGGGAGCGAACAAUCUACUUUUGGGAUCUGUGGCAAGCUAGGUAUGGGUCCAUUACCGAUUGUCUGGAGUACUCGGUUGGAUAUUAG